AUCCUUACCGGCGAUCUCCUCCCCACUCCAUUGAGUUGUGGCUGAUGGCUAUGCCCUGGCUCUAUCCGAACGGCACUCGUUCUACAAUGUACGGUAGACAGUGUCGAGUCUUACAUCAUCCAUUUUGAGAUAGGCUUUAUAUAUCACCGCCACAUUCGAACAUUGUAUCAAGACCAGACUGGAAGCAACACUCUUUUGUUUAUUUCCUUUGAUCAAGUAUCGGUAAUCAUUUGCAAAUCAAACACGCGUUCUUUCCUCUACAACAUGUCCCCUCCAGGAGAACCAAAGCAACCAAAGAGAAGGGUCGGAAGGAGGAGAUUGCCUCCCCUUGCUCCUGGCCCAGAGUUCAAGUUCGUCGUCGCAAGCCAUCCGGAUCAUUUCAAGGACGACCAAACAAUGAGGCAUGUACGGUCGCAUGUCAUGUACAACCACCGCGGAGAACAUCGAGGAGAGUCAGUGUCGCCUAGUGAGCGGUCCAGAAGUAGGGAUGGGGGCCACAGAUCAGCUCGAGGAUACACAAGAACUCCGAGCCCUAAUGAUACUGUCUAUGAUGGGUUUCCGGGGGAUGGGACGUUUUUGGCACCGUCUUCUGCUAGAAGACGAAGCACUGUCUGGGACGGUGAGCUCCAGAGGCUCCUGGCACAGUCGCCGUCGGUGGACCCGAUACGGAGCCUCGCAGCUAGAAUCAUCUCAGCCAUAACAGCAGAGCCCGCACGAAGCGCCCCUCCAACAUUCAGUCAGGGCUCCGAGUAUCCAUUCCCUUCGAGGGGAUCGGUGAGCCAGGAGUCGCUAGAGAACCUCAAGGCCCAGUAUGCAGACUCAGGCGAAUUCUGUCAAGCUCGGUCUUGGAUGGAAGUGGUAUGUCGUACGCACAUGUCAUUCCUCAGCCACGUCAGUGCAUCUUGUGUAUAUCAGGACGUCGCUGAAGGGUAUAUCGAAGACGGUGCAUUGACAGUAUAUGCAAAAACUAAAGUCGUUCGCAUGAUUAAGGAUAACCUCCAUAAUCCCGAGACCCAGGCUGAUGACUUCAUGAUAUUGAGUAUCUUGCAUCUUCUCAUCAGCGAGAUUGGUGGCUCCGAUGAAGAUGUCUUCAACAUGCAUUUCGACGGCCUAGUCCGGAUAGUUCACCAGCGAGGUGGAGUUGCCAAUCUUGGGGCUAGGAUAUCCGCGUUCCUUACGAUUGUUACACUAAGCUUCACGAUCCUUCGCAGUCAGCCUGAGCCUGCAAUGCUUAGUGGCUUCGUUCCUAGCCGAAGACGAUCCACCGUUAUCGAACAUCCGUUCCCAAUUUCCCCACUAUUCGCACCUCAUGGUGAUCUAUCACGGAUGUAUGGAUGCUGUUCAGAAGAGGCAUACGAGAUACUAUGUGACAUGCACGAGCUCACUCGUACGUUCGUUUCGAGAUGGAACUACGCCAACAGCAUGUACCAUCAACAAGCGAGCCCAGAGCUCAUGUCGUACGAUAACAGCAUGCAACAAAUAUACACCCGUCUACUUUAUCGUCCUUCGUCAAUAGAAAGCGACGUCACCCCCGAUUGGACAUACGAAUCCAUCCGUCUCGCGUCUUUGAUUUACUGUCGUUCGAUUGUUCAACGGCUCCCGUUCUCUGAGUCUGGCAACAUGAUCCACGCACAACGAUAUACGACGAAUAAUACAAGUAUUAGUGUUAUUUGCGCUUUGCGACAGGCCUUGGACAACACCGACCGAUAUCGAUACUGGGGAGAGAUGAACGGAGUGUUUUUGUGGAUUUGUCUCGUAGGUGGCGCGGCGACCUCUUCACAUCAACCAGGCAUGAUGUUCGAUCAAGAUGAGAGACAAUCCAACGCAGCCUGGACACGCAAGUGCUUUUCCCUCUAUGCACUGAGAGGUGCUCUAGGCUGUGGCCUGGAACACGCAGGCGCAGUUGUGGAAGCUCAACGAACCAUGCUCCAGGUCCAGUCGCUGAUCAAUUUGAAUGGUAGCAUGGGGCGUUAAUCACAAUGAUUCCACUCAGGUCAGUAUGAAUGUUGGAUCGAUUUCAUGAUGCUAUUUCUUUUUGACCAUGCAGGCUUACAUGAUGAUUCGACUUUGACGUUUAUUCUUUUCUUCUUUCCUUUUCCGGCCAUUCUUUACUGUACAGUAGUCCUUCUCCUUUCUUUUCCUUUUUUCUUUACACCUUUCCACGCUUUUUGAGAAAACGGCUUUCUUCUUUUCUUUUCCUACAAUGCAAGAUAAUGAAGGAAUCAAGAUGGUGGAGGUCUGGUAUCUCAGCAAGGCAAAAUAAGGCAAGAUUAGAUAUGUCCCUUUGUUUGCGCGUCUCUCGAAUAUUUUAGCGAUUGAUAUGAUUACUAGCAGGAAUUGAUUUAGUUCUUCUUUUAACAAACCUAAAUCUUCCUCUCACACUUAUACUGAACGUGAAGCAACAC